CAGCGAAUUGAAAGCAAAACUGAAUAAGUUGGUAAACUUUCGACACAACUACGACACAAUUACAACUUCAAGAAGAGUGUAAACACGUACAAUUCUGACUUUUGAAGAAAAAGAAGGAGAACAAAAAAGGUUUAACAGGAGCAUAAAAUGGCGGAACCUUCAUCACCAGAACCAAGAAAACGCAGAAGGAAAAGCAUGGACACACUAGAUUAUUGUUCUCAUGACUCCGGCAGUCUCCUGUCUAAAGAGCAGCUGCUGUGUUUGAUCUGUCUGGAUGUGUUCACUGAUCCAGUCACCACUCCAUGUGGACACAACUUCUGUAACAGGUGCCUUACACAGUGCUGGGACAAUAGUCAACACUGUCACUGUCCAUUAUGUAAAGAGAAAUUCACCAAGAGACCUAAACUAAAGAUUAAUACAACACUGAGAGAGGUUGCAGAUCACUUCAAGAAGAAAAGAGAUUCUGACAAACAUGAGGUUCUUUGUGAUGCCUGCAGUGGAGAGAAGCUCGAGGCCCUGAAAUCCUGUCUGGAUUGUUGUGCAACUUUUUGUAAAACUCAUCUAGAGCCUCAUAAUCAUGUUUCCAAAUUUAAGAAACACAAACUAAUAACCCCUGUGGAGAACCUGGAGGACUACAUAUGCCAGAAACAUGAGAGAGCUCUGGAGCUGUUCUGUAGAGAUGAUCAGACGUGUGUGUGUCAGUUCUGCACUGAAGGAGACCACAAGAAUCACAGCACUGUUCCUAUAGAGGAGGAGAGCAGAGUGAGGAAGACUCAGCUGUGGAAAACACACACAGUUGUUCAGCAGAAGAUUCAGGACCGACUGAAGAAAAUAAAAGACAUCAAAAACUCAGUAGAGCAAAGCAAGAGAAGCACAGAGAAAGAGAAAGCAGACAGUGUUGAAGUCUUCACUGCUCUGAUUCGCUCCAUUGAGAGAAGUCAGGCUGAGCUGCUGGAGGUGAUGGAGGAGAAGCAGAAGGCAGCAGAGACGCAGGCUGAAGGACUUAUUAAAGAGCUGGAGCAGGAAAUCAGUGUGCUAAAGAGGAGAGACACUGAGCUGGUGCAGCUCUCACACACUGAGGAGCAUCUCCACCUCCUACAGAUUUACUCCACCAUGUGCAGCCCUCCACACACCAAGAACUGGACUGAGAUCAGUAUUAACACUGAUGUGAGUGGGGACACUGUGAGGACAGCUCUGUCUCAGCUUCAGCAGACUCUGAAUGAGAAACUCAAUAGAACACUUGAUGACAAGUUAAAGGAAACCGUGGAUGUGACUCUGGAUCCUGAUACAGCUCAACCCAAUCUCAUCCUGUCUGCUGAUGGGAAGCAAGUGACACAUGGAGACACACGACAGAAUCUCCCUGAUACACCACAGAGGUUUAAUCAGUGUUCAUGUGUUUUGGGAAAGCAGGGUUUCUCCUCAGGGAGGUUUUAUUAUGAGGUGCAGGUCAGAGGGAAAACUGCAUGGGAUCUUGGAGUUGCCACACAGUCCAUUAACAGGAAGGGGAACAUUAUACUAACGCCUCAGAAUGGAUUGUGGACUGUGUGGUUAAGGAAUGAGAAUCAGUACAAUGCUUGUGAUGAUACUCUUGUCCCCCUCACACUGAGAGAGAAGCUGGAGGUGGUGGGGGUAUUUGUGGAUUAUGAGCAGGGUCUGGUCUCCUUUUAUGAUGUGAAGUCCAGAUCUCAUAUCUACUCUUUCACUGGUCAGGUUUUCACUGAGAAACUCUAUCCAUACUUCAGUCCUGGUUUAAAUGAUGAAGGUAAAAAUUCAGCACCACUGAUCAUCUUACAAAAUUAAACUAUUAAACAAUGAGAAUAAAAUAAAUAUUUUACACAUUCCCUUUUAAAGUAAAGUAGGUAGUGUGUUUUUAUUUUAGUUUCCUUAUCUCAGCUGCACUCUAGGCUUUACUCUGAGAAUUAGUGAACAUAGAAAAGGGGUUUUCUGUAGUAUCUUGCAGCUACAUUACUGUUAUGGAACUGAUGUAUCUGCUACAGUAUACAGGUUCAUUCAGCAACUUUAAUCGGUUUGUAGUGAAGUGAUGUCGAGCAUAGUAAAACAUAAUUAAAGCAAACUUUCUCUUGAAUCAAGCUUUAUUUCUACAUUUAAUGUCUGAAUGUUUUUACUUUUUUUAGGAUUAAUUUUUAUUUUCUCCUCUGUUGCCAUGUUGAUUAAAAUCAUAGUGCACUUUGAAAUGUCAGAGCCUGUGUUCCAGUGAUUUAGCUCCCCUGUUUCUCUGUUUCUGUCAGCGCUCAUGUGUAUUUUCUCCUGUUGCUAUGUUAAUUCUCUUGUGUAUAUUCACUGUGCUAGUUUUAUUUAUUUUUUUUUUGUUGUUUUCAUCAGGAUAAGGUAAAUUUCAGGUUGUACGUAAAAUCAUUUGUUAAUCAUGUAUUAAAGUACCAAUUUCACUGAUUUCACUACUGGAAAGUGAUUUUUCCAGUAUAUAA